AUGUCUGCCGAAUUCAGACGCGUGUUCAGCGCAAUAGCUCUUUUAAUAAUAAUCAAUUUGUUGUCAACAUGUGCUUCUGAAUGCAUACUAUCUUUGAAUAAAGAUUUCAACAGUAUCGGCCCGGUGUUUAUAAGGAACGGACAGUUUUUGGAGACUAAUUCCAAGAAAGGAGACAUCACCUUCAACAGAUCUGACACCGUCCUGAUCUCCUGUCCGAAGAGGAAGAUUGUUCUUGCGAAUCAAACUUCUAGCUAUGAGACUCUGGAGGCACAUUGCAUUAUAAACAACACAUUCAGGGUCGACCGUCAGAUCCUCAGCUUCAAAGACAUCCGCUGUAACUCACAUCCCUGGUUCACUACCCAGGAGAAGAGGGAGACGUGUUAUAAUGGACGGACACAGAUGUACCAGGUCGGUUACCAAGUUAGAAGUAAAUUCUAUCCGAUAUACGAAGCAUGUUUCGACAAGAACUUGGUGCGAACACACUUCGUGCAACAUCGGAUAACUCCGAAUAGUGUAUUCCGGCAAAAUGGAUUAAAGAGACCACAAUUUACUGAGGGAACCUUGUUUGGAAAGAUCCGUAUGAACGAAGUAUACAAAAUGAACAGUCAGAUUCAAGCUCUCGACUCCAUACUGGGACCAAAAAUGGGAGACCAUUACUUGAGUAAAAUACAGUUCCUCUCAAGAGGUCACCUCGCUGCUAAUGCGGAUUAUGCUACCAGCGCCCUCAUUAGAGCUACCUUUCACUACGUCAACACUGCUCCUCAAUGGAUGAGAGGCAACGCCGGCGACUGGGCGGCAUUAGAAGAAGCGUUAAGGCGUCGUGUCCAUGAGUUGGGUACUCCAGUGAUAGUGUAUACUGGGAACCAUGGUAUGAUGACUCUACCUGACAAAGGAGGUCGAAUGAGGGACAUAUUUCUACAUGCAGAUCUGAACAAUAACUUUAAUGUUCCUGUGCCUAUGUAUUUUUAUAAGCUGGUCUACGACCCGUCACAGAAGAGGGCAUCAGUGUUCUUGACCAUAAACUCAUCUUUCUACAACGACUCUAUGACAAACAGUCUAGUCUUCUGCGAUAAUAUUUGUGACAAAGACGAUUACUAUAAUAAUUUCAAAUGGCUAAGAUGGCGGUCCAAUGAUGGAACAUUUAGCUUCUGUUGUGAUUAUGAUCAAUUCGUUAGAGAAGUAGAUUACUUACCGAAACUUGAUGUUCGGGGGAGAUUUUACUGA